UCAAACAUCAUGCACCCCAAUUUUAAUGUAAACUACAGCAGUAUAACAGCACAGAGAAACCCGUAGCAAACAAACCUGUCCCCUAAAGAACGAUGGCUGAGAUGGGAGGGUACUGCAAUAUUUGCAAUUUCUUUUUGGAAGCCUCAUCCAGCUUUCUCAGUCACAUUAAUAGCAGGGAGCAUCAGAGGACACUGAUAAGGGGCAUUUUGGAGUACUACUCAUUAAAUUCUACAAGCAAUCAUUAUAAGAAGAAUCUUAGAAGAAUUGAACUAGUUCUAGUAACAAAAAAAUAUCAGAACAGACUUAACGAAUUAGAAAAGGAGGAAAAGGAAAAAGCGUACAAAAGGGAGAAGCGAAGAGAAAAGAAGGAGAGAAAAAGAGAAAAGGAGAGGAAACGAAAAGCAGAAGAAGACCUUUAUUUUGCAGCAGAUGAGGAAGUGGCUGCUGUAAUGGGAUUCUCAAAAUUCGGUUCCUCCAAAAAGCCUCAUUGAAUAUGAAUGUGUUGCAGGUACCAAUGCUGAGGCCUCACUGCUCUGUUUAGCUCGAGGACUGGUCUGAUUUUUUUUUCUUUUUUUCAAAUGCACAAUGAGAAUACAAUGAGAAAAUUCAAAGCCAACAACUAAUCCACUUAUUUUGCCAUCCUUGGUUAUUUGACAUUUUAGUACUUGUCUAAGUCUGUUGAUUUAGUAUUCCAAUCAUUUGUCCAGUCUCUACUAUUGAUUUAUAGUUACACAGUAAACUAAAGCAAUAUUAAAUUGAUCUACUAAUGAAUCUGAAAUGAGUUAAAGUGUGUAGGUACUAAAGGAUAAGAUGUACUUGAAUUUUUUUUUUUCCCUCUGCUUUUGGUCCUCUUUUAAGAUUUGAAUGUUUUUUGACACCUUUUUUCAUUUUACGUUAAAAAGCUUUUAACCUUUGUAUCUGAAUAAAUAUUUAAUUGC